AUAUUAUUAGUCUUUUUAUUUACGCACAUUCGGCGAGGUUGCACAUAAUUCUAGAUUUUUAUAUUCGUGUACUUUUUUGAAUUAUUACUAACUGUUAUUUCGAAACGAGCUCCACGAUUUUCUUCUCUGAUUCGUCAAUUUAUUUGAUGUUUAUAGUACACGCUUUCACUAUUCGUCUUCCGAUCUAUUUACGGUAACCGGCUCGCGCGCCGUAAAUUAUCGAAGAUUCCCGAAUCCUUCCGAUUCGCUCGGACGCUUCCUGCCGGACGCGCAGUUUGUAACGGUUUCUUUCAAAAUUGCCUCGUGUUUCCGCGCGUCAAAAUUGCGAAAGUGUGCACAAGUGAAAUUUCAGAAUUUAAACGCGUAAUAUUUUAUAAAUCUUGUUCGAUAUGCGACGGUUGAUCGACAGUGAGAAAUAUCGUGCGAAUUUAAAGUGGUUUUCGCGAUUGACAGAUGGAAGCGUCUAUUCGCGACUAGCUAAUGCAUAUAAUUCACUCGCGUCUCGAUUUCGCGAAAGGUUGAAGAGCAUACCGGAGACAAAGUGCAAGGUUUCGAAUGCGCGAGUGCUAUUAAUCAAACAGACACGACACUUUAGUUAACCAGCGUGCUUCUUUUUGCGGUAAUUUUCUUCGCUUUUUAUCGCGUAUUGAUCGGGAAACUUGAACAAUGACCGUUGUUAAUCUUGAUCAAUAAACGUAACUUCCUCUCGCCGCCAUUUUGUUUUCUCAUAGAGUGCCGCGAGUGAUUGUUCUUUAAUUGCGUCUACGGAGCUGUUUAAUUAUAAUCGGACGAUUUAAUGAGAUGCCUGGAAAUACGACGGCAGGCAGCACCCUAUUGAACGACGAACUUCGCCGCAUUUUGCAAGAAAGGGAACAGGAAUGCUUGCAGUUACAGGCCAUGAAUUCAACUCCACCACCAGAGCCAUAUUGUCGCAUCACUUUCGACGGCUGGUCCUGUUGGCCGAACACACCAGCUGGAACGACAGCCUAUGCACCAUGUCCAAACUUUAUCACCGGUUUCGACGCCUCCUUUAAGGCACACAAAUACUGCGAAUCGAACGGUAGUUGGUUUCGGCACCCAGAAUCGGGUCAAGUUUGGAGCAAUUACACGACCUGCGUCAAUUUAAAGGAUCUCAGCUGGCAGCAAGGAAUAAAUGGAAUAUAUGAAGCAGGAUACGCGAUAUCAUUGGUUGCACUGCUGCUCUCGUUAGGUAUUCUGACGUACUUCCGCUCGCUAAGAUGCGCGAGGACCACUCUUCAUAUGAACCUUUUCGCCUCGUUCGCCGUAAACAACGCUCUUUGGCUUGUUUGGUAUAGGUGCAUCGUAGCGAAUACGGAUUUACUGUUAAACAAUGGGAUAACCUGUCGUCUUCUGCACAUAGUCCUGCACUAUUUCCUGCUCACUAAUUACUCGUGGAUGUUGUGCGAGGGAUUUUACCUACAUACGCUUCUUGUCAGUGCAUUUACUAGCGAGCACAGAUUAGUAAAAUGGUUGAUGGGUCUCGGUUGGCCAGCACCGGCUAUUAUUGUUAUGAUUUAUACUUGUCUGAGGGCUACCAGUGACGAUCCCACCGAUACCGAACAGUGUUGGAUCAACGAAGGUAAUUACAUGAGCGUGCUAGUUUACCCCGUGUGCGUUUCCACCCUGUUGAAUCUGUUGUUUCUCUUCAACAUCGUCCGUGUUUUAUUGAUGAAGCUCCGAGCUGGUCCCGCGAUUGGUACACAGCCUUCGAGGUCCAUGCGUCAAGCUUUUCGAGCAACGCUACUCCUUGUACCUCUAUUGGGUCUGCACUAUCUCGUCAUCCCCUUUAGACCGCCAAAAGACCACCCCUGGGAACAAUUUUACGAGGUUCUUUCCGCUAUAACGGCCUCCUUUCAGGGUCUUUGCGUGGCCAUCUUGUUCUGUUUCUGUAACGGCGAGGUGAUAGCACAAUUCAAGAGGAAAUGGGAAGGAACAGCUCUUCUGAGGAAUCGAGCCAAUUCUUGCACAGCGACGACCGUCUCGGUCCGAUGGCGGGAGAGGAGAAGGUAUGACUGCCGUCAAUCGUCGCCGGAAGUGCUAGACGAGAAACACGUGGACGUGCAAUUGGUCGAUCCUUGUCCCGUGGCCAAUAAUCUCAACAAUCGUGCCAGAUUACUGAUCCAGUCGAACGAGGCGGAGAACUGCGAGCAGACGCGGUGUUGAUAAGUUUGGAACAUCAGAAGUGCAGGGAUUAUGGGGAAACUGGUACGAACUGGAAGAGAUAAGAGCGUCGAGAGGGGAGAGGAUCAGGCUUUCUUUUUGACAGAAUUAAUGACAGGUUAAAGAUCUGAUCUCUGUCCGCCACGAGUUGAAGAUGAAUGAUCGUUUUUUAAUGAGCUGCGUGGAAAGUGUGAUAUAGAGUAUGCGAAAGUAAUGGCUAUAGUUUGUGAAGAGUUGUGGGAAGCUUUGGAAAUUUGGAAGUCUUCUAGUUGUAUAUGAGAAUUUAUGAAUUUGUGAAUUUAAAAAUUUUGACAUAGG